CUUCUCCCCCGACGCCGGAAAUGGCGCGCAACGCCGACGACGGUGCCUGGGAUCUGCUCUACGCCACCGCCGGCGAGGUGGUGAGGAUGAAAAUGAUGGAGGAAGCUGCGGCGGCGCUAUACCAGAGCAAAAAUGGAGUCUGGGCUCCUCCUAGGAGGCCCAGUCCCGUCACUGUUCCUUCUUACAAAACCUCUACUCCCCAAAAUCCGCAGCUCUCUACUUAUCAGCAGUUGCAGCUGGCGCAAUUUCAGCGACUGAAACAGCUCCAGAUGGUGAAGAACCAGCAAGGAAGGAGCAUUGGGCCAUAUCAGGCGGUGAACCAAAGCAGAAUCUCCAAGAACGGCGGUGGAGGUGUGGGAUUCCAGCCGCCGUCUGCUUGGCCGACCCUGCAACAGUCUCAGCAGCAGCUCCCUGGGUCCGGGAUGAGCGGUGUUUCUUGGAAAUUCGGCCGGCGGCGGCGCAAAAAGGGAGUGUUCCGGUAA